AUGACUUCUUUCUAUCUCAGAACGCCUCUCAAACUCUUUAGACCAGCUCGAUUUGAUUAUUUGCAUUAUCUGCGUGUGCUGUUGGUUGGCGAUGACAGGACAACCGCGAUUCAAAACCAGCAGAACCGUGUAGCACCACUAUCUGCUUUCAAGCCACACACAUGGAGCCCACGGUAUCUGUAUUAUUUGGAGAACACUUCUCUCGGACUUCUCACCAAGGGUCUCAACAAAUAUGGCUGGAAAGUUAUCCCAGAAAGAGUGCUUCCUCCACUGAUCGCCAAUUCAGCAGCUGGUGUGCUUCUUUACACAACUUACCUCAGCACGUUGAACUGGCUUUCCCAAUCGACGCCGCACAACAGCAGCAGCAGUGGCUCCAUUCACCACAGUCCAUGGGACGUAGUUCGUGCAGGGUUCCUCGCUGGCGCGGCUCAGGCUCUUGCAUCUGCACCAAUUGACGCAAUUUAUACCAGGUCUUCCGUGGAGCAACUAUUAACUAACGCCAAGAACUACGACAAUCUGUGGAUGUAUGGUUUUCGAAAAUUACAGGAGAUCGGACUGGUCGGCUGUUUCGGCGGCUUUGGACUCUCACUUGUUAAAGAGUGCUUUAGUUUCGCGACCUACUUCACGGUCUUCGAGUUUCUUAAGGGACAAGUGUGCCAGUGGACUAUUGAUUGGAUCAAGAAUUACCGUGAGCUUAAAUUUCAUAUUCGGCAAAGCAAACUCGCCAGGAUGUUCCAAGACGACUCAAAUGAGGACUUUGAUCACCAGCCUAUGCAUUUUAUGAGCGCGACGGAGCAGAAGCGUUUUAAUCAAGUAUUUGUGUUCGUUGGUGGUAUUUCUGCAGCUUUCCUUCUACAAGUCAUUCAGUAUCCUUUUCUCAAAUUACAGAAGAUACACCUUUCCAGGCUGGAAGCCUUUGACAUUUACACCAAGGCAAGUUCCAAAUUGUCCACUCCAAACAACUUACAAACCCAAGCUCGCGCCGGUGGUGCAACAACAAGAAUUAAAAUUAAGCCCACAAAUCAAAGAUUAUUUCACAUCUACUAUCACUCCUACCUGGAUACUUUCCAGCACGUUUACUUCAUUCAGAAAAGCACAGGGGCCAUAUGCAAGUGGAUGUAUAAAGGGUUCUUCAGAAACACUUUAGCUAUUAUUCCCGGUACUACAGCAGGUUUGUUGUGCUUGGAGCUCAUGCGAAAUAAGUUAGGUGAUCCCUCAUUGGAAGUCACUGGGGAACGCAGUCAAUCACAACGACCACAAUUUUAG